AUGUGGAGGCAUUGUGACGGCGGCAGGUCACCGACGACAUCGGCGCCUCUUCUGAAGAGGCCGGCCUUCUGCCCGACCCACAGAGUUGGACCACGGAGUCUCGACGAGGCUCCUUCUGCCUCACCACCACCCCAGCACGCUACCGCCAUGACAGCCAGGAGCUUGCCAAAGAAGAUCGAGAUCAACGCCGAUAUGGGCGAGGCGUUCGGACGCUGGAAGCUCGGCCCGGACGAGGAGAUCAUGAAGCACAUCGAUGUGGCCAACGUCGCCUGCGGCUUCCACGCAUCGGACCCCGUCACCUUGCACAAGACGGUCCGGCUGGCCAAGAAGCACAAUGUCGCCGUCGGAGCCCAUCCGGGCUUCCCGGAUCUCGCCGGUUUCGGCCGUCGACGGAUGGAGCUCACCGAAGAGGAGGUCGCCGACAUCAUCACGUACCAGAUUGGCGCCGUCAAGGCAUUCUGCGACCUAGAAGGCGUGCCGCUCAACCAUGUCAAGCCACACGGCGCCCUCUACUUCUAUCUCAAGAACUCGCGUCCUCACUGCGUGGCGGCCUUCAGGGCGAUCAAGGCGUGGGGCGUGCCUGUGUACGGCCUCGGCGGCACGGUGCACGAAGAGGUGGCCAAAGAGGUUGGCAUCCCGUUCGUCCCCGAGCUGUUUGUCGACAUCGAGUAUUCGCCCGAAGGAGCGCUGAUCCCGCCGGCCCAGAGCAAGGAGAUCAGCCCAGAGGAGUCGGCAGAGCGCGCCCGCAAGGUGGCGCUGACGGGCACCAACUACGCCCAAGGCGGCGGCGAGGUCCACAUGCCCGAGUUCGGACACGGCGACAACGGCGGACGAUGCCGGCCGUUUUCGAUCUGCCUGCACUCGGACCUGCCGGGGGCCGAGCAGAGCGUCGCUGCCACCCGCCGUGCCGUCGACGAGCUCAACGCCAAGCUGUUCGGGGAUGUGUAG